AUGGCUCUCUGCGAGUUUUGCGCGCGGAUCCCCUUUGAUGACCUUCCCCAGUUCCCUCGACAUGACUCAAGGUAUCGAAUCGCGGAUAAAACUGCCCUUGCGAAAUUCGGUCAGGAUGAUGGCAAAGGCGAGCCUGAGCAUGCCCUUGGGUUCUCGUGGCAAGAGAGCCUAGCUGCUGUCGAGCAGUCGGCCAAGGCGGGUUGCCCCCUCUGCACCCUGGUGCAGGCCGGCGCUGAGAGGUGGAUGAGACACUACAAAGACGCCGAGGAGAACGACGAUUUCUUCAUCGAGUACGGCCUAGACAGGCAGCCAAUACCUCAUGACCAGGUCCUUUGGGUCUCGAAGCGUUACGGGGGAGGCGAUGGUCUGUCCGUGACUGUGCGGAACGCGGACAGUAAACAAUCGUUUGUCGUGAUCACCUCGAUCAGCAUCAGCGUCCCGGAAGAUCACCCUCUCUCGCAUAGGUUCAAGCUCAGGCCCAUCGAGCAAGACUCCGGGUCGAAAGAGAGCCUCGACGUCGCGGCUGGGUGGCAGGAGCAAUGCCACCAAACACACGAGGAUUGUGCACUCGUCGAGACCUUGUUGCCGUCACGCGUCCUGGAGGUGCCUGAGAGUGGCGAUAUCAUCAGGUUGAUAGAGCCAAAACCUGGAACGGUUGGCAGAUAUGCAUCCCUAUCUCAUUGCUGGGGAUCCGCAAAAUUCCUCACGACCACCCGAGAGACACGCGAGGCCCGGAUGGCUGGGAUCUCAGUACCGGCGCUCCCCAAGACCUUUCGCGACGCUGUCGCAAUCGCAAGGCGUUUGAGCAUUCGCUAUCUAUGGAUUGAUAGCCUGUGCAUCUGCCAAGACGAUCGAGCGGACUGGGCGCGCGAGUCGGCAAGGAUGACUGCGGUCUAUUCUGGUGCUCACCUGGUCAUUGCGGCAACUCAUGCGGCAGACAGCAGCAAAGGCUGCUUCCACAGCCGAGUGCCUCGUCCUACAUCCAAGUUCACCAUUCCAGGUGUCGGCGAGGUGUACUCACAGCUCGUCUAUAACGAGUCCGAGUUCCCCUGGUCCCACGAUUUCGAAGGCGAGCCGCUCACCACCCGAGGCUGGACCCUCCAGGAGUGCGAGCUGGCUCCGCGGAUCCUGCACUACGCCUCUACGCAGAUGCACUUUCAGUGCUGCCGGGGACGGGUUGGCGAGGAUGGAUCCCGCCCGGAAAUCGCCGAUACUCGCCUGCGGAACGUGAGAGGACGAGAUCUUUCUACUGAAGUGAAGGUGGAAGAAGACCGAGCCCUGUGGGGUCGCCUGCUGUGGAACUAUGGCCAGAGAAAGCUGUCGCAUGCCACCGACAAACUGCCCGCCUUGAGCGGCCUGGCCAGCCUCUUCGCCCGACGCUUUGGCGCGCAGUACGUCGCCGGACUGUGGAGCGACGCACUCAUCGAGUGCCUGUGCUGGCAGAGCAUCGGAGACGCAGCCCCGAUGUCGCUGAGUGAAUACACCGGGCCGAGCUGGAGCUGGGCAAGCUACGCCGGGGUCGCGGCGACGACGGCGUUCGGUCUCGAUGGCGAACUCUGGAGCGACGUUUCCCGGGUAGAAGACUGGCAUGUCGAGCUCCAGAACCAGGAGAACCCCUACGGAUGCGUGACGAGCGCCUGGCUGCGGCUGCACGGGCCCACGGCCAGGCUGACGCCCAGUAACUGGACCGAUGAGACCGACGGCGGGAAGCGCGAACGCGCGGGCCUCCCUCCGGACGCGCGGGUGUGCACCAAAUGGUCCGAGACGGACAAGGGAGACCACGUGUCGAUCGACCACGACAGCCUCAGGCGGUCGGAGGAGUGGCGGCAGUGGCACCUGAAGGUCAUCCUGCUGGCGGGGAAAAAGUACUCUGCGGAGCUGAGCUCCAGAUGGGGCGUGCCCGACGACGAGGGCGACGCCGAGGAGCCCCCGCAGGAAGGAGACAUUACGCUGUGCUACGGCCUGGUCGUCGUGCCGGGGACGGUGGGUGAGGGCGAAAGCACCUGUUGGAAACGGAUCGGUUGGCUGUUUCUGGAGGGGAAAGAGGCGAAGAAGAUUCUAGAGGACAAGGAGGCUUGGGAGACGGUAACCCUGAUCUGA